UUCAGUUAAAAUGGAAGCUCGAGUCCUGACAGCUUUCUGCACAUUCCUCCUCUGUUCUUUUGGAGUCGUUUUCCCGUCCCAGGGGCACAGAUAUCUCUCAAGCCUUGAGACCAGUUUAGCAUUGAAAAAUCUCUCAUUUAAUCAUCGCAGCAGAUACCCUCUGUACAUGAUGCAGCUGUACCGCUCCUUCAGGACUGCUCAUUCCUCUUCUUCGGUAGCUGUCAACACCAUUACAAUGCCAGGUGACAACCCGUCAGCACACAGUUCUGACUCCGUCCUAAGUCUGAUGGCCAGAGAUUGCCAUCAAGAGGGUGAAAGAUGGACAGUCACGUUUGACAUGUCAUCCAUCUCUGCUAGUGAGCUUGUCCAGCAGGCAGAACUUCGGAUCAGACUACCUGCUUUCUCUGGCUCUAAGCGUGCCACUGUGGAUUUAUAUCACUCCAGAAAGCAGAGCUGUGAGCCGGGCAGCACAUCAUGCCAAGAUGAACAUCUUUUCCUGGGGAGCUUUGGCACAUCAGCCAGCAGCACAAAGUCUGCCUGGAAGGUUUUUAAUGUGACCGCUCUGUUAAAAUACUGGCUGUACCAGGGAGAUGGAGUGUCGAGCCAAGAGGCCUCUGGAGAACCGGGCACGGACCAUGGGAGCGGUGCUGGGGAUGAAGGGGAGAUCUCUGACAAGUCCCUCUUCAAGAAUUUGGGAUUGAUGCAAAGAAAAAUACACCAUCCAACCAUGGACCGGGUUAUAAUGGUCAUCUUCUCAAAACACAACCUGCCCCAGGAAGGCCACACAGCACACAGUCUCAUUCACACUGUGGAGAACUCCAAGUAUGUGACGACGGACAGAGUCAGCACUCAAAGUCGACGCCACAAAAGGAACAGAAUGGAGAGGAUGAGGAUUGCUGCAGGAGCUUCACCUACUCCAGCAGCAGCAGCAGCAGCAGCAGCAGCAGCAGCAGCAGCAGCAGCAGCGGAGCCAGCCGUAGGGCCGCUGUGUCGUAGACUCGACAUGUGGGUGGACUUCGAACACAUCGGCUGGGACGAGUGGAUUGUUCACCCCAAGCGCUUCAAUGCAUUUCGCUGUGAGGGAGAGUGUCCAACACCACUGGAUGAGUCCUUCAACCCUACCAACCAUGCGUACAUGCAGAGCCUCUUGCAACAUCACAAUCCAAAAAGAGUGUCUUGCCCGUCGUGUGUGCCGACGCGCCUCAGCCCGCUCUCCAUGCUGUACUACGAGAACGAUGAUUUGGCCCUGCGGCAUCACGAGGACAUGAUUGUUGAAGAGUGUGGAUGUCACUGAAGGGCCAGCAUAUCACUGGUUUCACUGCAGUGUUGAUAAUCUUGAGUGCAACUGCAUCUUUACGGUCUUCAUGUAAACUUUAAUGUUCAAAUACUAAAGUCAUGAAGUCAUAAAGUCAUGGCCUGGAAAAAUGGCAGGAUAUGACUGUUAAGUUUGAAUAUAUUUCAUCCACACUGGGUG